UUGGAUUUGUGUAUUUUUCAAUCGUCUUUUCAGCUUAUGAAAUGGAUUACGAAUUGGAUUUGUGUAUUUAUGAAUCCAGUUUUUCGUGUUUUAUUUUGUAGACAUUAUUUUUGAGACUGAUCAGUCUCCAUAGUCAAGGCUGUCAGUUACAGUUGAUUUUCAAGUUCUGAAUCAAUUUCUCACUCACUUGGUUCAGUCAAAUUAAUUUGAUUCAGAUAUUUGUCAUACAAGUUCGUUCUGUAAUAUUCAAUUCAGUUGACUCAAUCAGGUCUAUCAGUUGUUUCAGUCAGAAUAAAUCUGGAUUUGUCAUUUUCUUGAUUGUGUCAUACAAGUUGGUUCAGUCAACCUAAACAGUACUUCUGGCUUGAAUAAACCAGGUCAUUAGCUACCACUGAAUUCUCAUUUUUACAGCCCAAUCUCCUGAAUAAUGCCUGACACCGUAAUGCUAUCUGGCACUGGCGGUUUUGAUGAUUGAGUCAGUCAGAGACUCACAGCUGGAGGAGAGAAAGACAAGAGCAGGGAAGGGGGUGGACAUGUGGGGGUGUUUCCUUUCCUCUCCUCCCUCUAUCUCUCUCUUACUCUCUGAAUGUGAGACCGGAGCUCUGCGCAGAGAGAGCCGCUUCUCAUUCAAACCUCCAAAGCGACCGCGGGAUGUUGUACUGUAUGAAGAGUAUGUGAACAAAGCGGAGAGAGAGACAUAAUGAGCGGGCGGGUUCUCAACGGGAAAAUGCUGCAGCUUCAGGGUCAGAGAGCAGGACGGACAAUGCACUAUCAUCUCUCAAGCUGGGAUGAAAGCAGCUCGAUCAGCAGCGGAUUGAGCGACGGAUCGGACAACCUCAGCUCCGAGGAGUUCAACGCCGGCUCCUCCCUCAACUCCCUGCCGACCACUCCUAUUGGCUCCCGCCGAAACUCCGCCAUUGUGCUGCGCACUGAUGCAGAGAAGCGCUCUCUGGUUGAGAGUGGCCUGUCCUGGUACAGCGAGGAGGGCAAGACUCAGUGCCAGACUGAUGGAGUCUACGACACCGGCAGCCUAAAGACAGACUUGACCAGCAAGUGGAAGAAGAGCCGAUCGCAGGACGACGCGGCAGUGAAGGGCGAGCUGAGGAAACCACAGACGCUCGGCCUGAAGAAAAGCCGAAACCCUCCUGUGGGCGUCACGUCACCCAUCACACACUCCUCACAGAGCCUGCUCAAAGUGCCAGGAGUUCCAAAGAAUGAUCAGCGAGUCGUGGACAAGGCCAAAAUGGCUGUGAAAUCAUCUGGACUUCAGCGCUCUAGCUCAGAUGCCGGGAAAGACCGCGGGGAGCACCGAAAACCUCCAUCCGGGCUUGUCCGUCCCUCCGCUGGCACCACAAACUCCUUCGGCUACAAGAAAAACACUCCAACUACCGGCACUGCCACUGUUCUUACAACCGGACCAAAUACUGUCCCAGUAGACUCUACAAUUGUAAACAAAACUCCCAAAACCUCUGGUAUCCCAGUGAAACCUUCUGCUGGUGGAGGACGAAAGACCAGCCUAGACGUUUCAAACUGCGAUCAAGGUUUCAUGGCUCCAAAUGCACGAAACAACAUCCAGUACCGCAGCCUUCCCAGACCUGCUAAAACCAGCACUUUGAGUCUGACAGGAGGCCGUCCGGGUGCUCGUCCUGUCAGCAGCAACAUUGACAUUGGUCUUCAGGGCCUGAAAACAGUCCCGGCCCCGUCCCGACUGAAGGAGCCAGGCAAGAGCUCGCAUCGGGCCAGUACAGGCGGCUGCACUCCCGUCAACCAGACUGACAGAGAGAAAGAGAAGGCCAAAGCCAAGGCCGUGGCGUCUGAUUCUGAGUGUGGCGGAGGGGGAUCGCUGAAAAACGGCACACUGACACCCACUCAAUGUGCGCCGGAGCCUCCAUCCAAACUGCUGGGGCUACGACAACCCUCUAGUUUGGGGAAAUACUCAGAGCUGCCCUCUCCAAACUCUCACAGGCCCUCCAGUGCUCGAUCUCUCUCCAAGCCUCCUCUCCUAGAAAAGAUCUCCUCUACCAGCCUGGAAUGUGAGACCACCAGUCCAGAGGACCAUCUUCCUCCAAAAGUGCCGCCGUACUCCAAAGUGCCGGACCUCUCAGGACAACUGAUCUCCAGCUCUCUGAGUCCCACCCCGGCUCCAGUCCUCAGCAUCAGCUCUUCUCAGUGUUUCUCCAGCUCCAGCGGCUCACCCUCGCUGUACCCACGCCUCUCUGGCCUGACCCGCAGCAUGGAGUCUCUGUCUCUGCAGAUGAGUGUGUGUCCUCCAGGGGGUGGGACGGUGGACAGAGGGGUGUCCGGUGGCUGGACCAACGGCAGGGCAUCACUCUCACUCACAACUGACAGCUCACAAAAGGACAGAAAUACUCUCCCAAAGAAAGGCUUAAGUCAACAGCUCCUGUCGCAGGCAGAGGAGGACAGUAAAGAGAGACGACACUCACACACCAUCAUGAGCUCGACUGAGGCCAGCAGUCCACCACAGUAUCCUUUACCAUCACUGACAGGAAAAUUACCCCUGACAAACAUCAUGAGUCCCACCUCCACCUCAGGAACACCUCGGAUGACCAGAUCCAACAGCAUCCCCACACAUGAGGCCAGUUUCGAGCUCUAUCAGGCCUCUCCACUGGGCAGCACCCUGUCCCUCGCCGAGCGGCCCAAGAGCAUGAUCCGCUCCGGCUCCUUCAGAGACAGAGACAAUGAUGACGUUCAUGGCUCAGUCCUGUCGCUGGUGUCCAAUGCUUCGUCCAGCUACUCAUCAGCGGAGGAGAGAAUGCAGGGCGAGCAAAUCCGCAAGCUGAGAAGAGAGCUGGAGUCCUCACAGGAGAAAGUGGCCUGUCUAACCACACAGCUGUCCGCUAAUGCCAAUCUGGUGGCAGCGUUUGAGCAGAGUUUGGCUCUCAUGACCUCUCGACUGCAGACCCUCUCCUUCAGCGCUGAGCAGAAGGAUGGUGAAUUAAUAGAGCUGAAGGAAACCAUCGAGAGCCUGAAGACCAAGAACAUGGAGGCGCAGGCCGUCAUCCAAGUCGCCCUCAAUAACCCUGAUGUUGCCCCCAAAGAGUUGCGAAUCAGGAGGCAGAACUCAAGCGAAAGCAUCUCAAGUUUGAACAGCAUCACGAGUCACUCCAGUGUGGGCAGCCUGAAGGACGACGCCAAGAAGAAGAAGAAGAAGAGCUGGUUGCGAAGUUCUUUUGGCAAGGCAUUCAGCAUUAAGAAGGGUGCUAAAGGAGGCUCGAUGUACUCUGAUAUUGAAGAAAUCGCCACUCCAGACUCCUCUGCACCAAACUCCCCAAAACUGGCCCAUGAAGAUGGAGAGAACCCGCCCCCUUCCCUUCAGUCCCUCCAAUCAGCCGUCUCCUCUGUGAUUCUGGAGAGUAACGAAGAGACGGAGAGCGAUGAGAAGGUGGUGUCUGAGCUGCGGUCGGAGCUGUGGGAGAAGGAGAUGAAGCUCACGGACAUCAGACUGGAAGCGCUGAACUCAGCACAUCAGCUGGAGCAGCUCAGAGAGGCCAUGAACAGUAUGCAGAGUAUGGUGGAAAAUCUGAAGGCAGAGAACGACCAGCUGAAAACAGGAAGUGCUCCGUCAUCCCUUGUCCUUCCCUGUGGUCCUCCGUCUUCUUCCACCUCUCAGCCGUCAGGCCUCGCCAGCCUCAUGAGCUCCAAUCAAACCAAACCAGCCAUGAGCCUCACCAAAUCCUUCAGCCUGAGUCUCAACGAGUGCUUCACCGCCGAUGUAGCUCCUGUGGAGUUACUGAGUGCAUCGUGUCAGAGGGAUGAGGUGUUUACCCGUGUGGUGGUGCGUAUAGCUGAUCAUCAAGUGUCUAGAGAGGCGAGGCAGCAGGAUUUCUACAUCGGCUCUGUGAAGAUUCAUGGGAAAACGGAGUGGUCUACGCUAGACUCAGAUAUCGCCACAAUCUUCAGGGACUAUAUCUCCCAGUUGGAUCCGGGUGCGAGUAUGGGUCUGUCUGUCGACUCUAUCCACAGCUACAGUAUUAAUCAGAGCAGGAGGGUGCUUGGAACUGAAGACCCAGAAAAUUCACCCUGUGACUGUUUACAAGCAGCCCCUGGACUCGUCACGGUUACCCUCAAAGGUUUAAAGGAGAAGUGUGUGGACAGUCUGGUGUUCGAGACGCUCAUCCCCAAGCCCAUGAUGCAGCACUACAUCAGUCUGCUUCUGAAGCACCGGCGCCUGGUCCUGUCUGGCCCCAGCGGCACAGGGAAGACUUAUCUAACCACCCGUCUGGCCGAAUACCUGCUGGAGAGGAGCGGACGUGACCCUAGCUCCGGCCUCAUCAACACAUUUAACAUGCACCAGCAGACCUGCAAGGACCUCCAGUUGUACCUGUCUAAUCUGGCCAAUCAGAUUGACCGAGACUGUGGCACCGAUGACAUACCAUUGGUUAUUAUAUUGGAUGAUAUCAGUGAUGCAACUUCGAUCACUGACAUUGUUAACAGUGCACUGACCUGCAAAUACCACAAAUGUCCUUAUGUCAUCGGAACCACAAAUCAGUCUUUUAAGAUGUCAUCAAAUCAUGGUCUGCACCUCAGCUUUAGAAUGAUCACCUUCUCCAACAACGUGGAGCCUGCCAAUGGGUUCCUGGUGCGUUACUUGCACAGGAAGUUGAUCGAGACGGAGAACAACAGCAAAGCUCACAAUUCUGAGGUGCUAAGGGUUCUGGACUGGGUGCCUAAACUCUGGUACCAUCUCCACACCUUCCUGGAGAAACACAGCACCUCAGACUUCCUCAUAGGUCCCUGCUUCUUCCUGUCAUGUCCAGUAUCAUUAGCAGAGUUUCGCACCUGGUUUAUUGACCUCUGGAACCAGUCUAUUAUUCCUUAUCUUCAGGAGGGAGCGAAGGAUGGUGUGAAGGUCCAUGGUCAAAAAGCAGCAUGGGAGGAUCCAGUGGAGUGGGUGAGAGAUACUCUACCAUGGCCUUCAGCUCAACAGGACCAGGCCAAACUUUUCCACCUUCCUCCACCAACCACUUGCCCCAACACUGCUCCAGCACAGCAGUCCAAUGAUGAAAGGUCCCACAGGGACACUGCCCUGCCUACCAUGGAGUCCGAUCCACUGAUGGCGAUGCUGCUGAAACUCCAGGAGUCUGCAAACUACAUCGAAUCUCCAGAACGGGACAUUUCAGGCAACCCCACUUUCUAGGCUUGAGCUGAAGAACGUACAAAGCUUGAUUAUGGCUAGAGCUGUUACAAAAUACUGUUCUGUACAGCGGAUUUGCACCUCCUGUCUCCUUCAAAAGGUUUGCGAGAGUCAAGAAGAGGAACUCUCAAGAACAUCCAGGUCGGGGCAGACAAAACUCUCAAUCUGAAAGAAAAACGAAAGAACUGAUCUUGCCAGAUUUGGCAGGAAUCUGUUUUGCACUGUUGUCUUAACCAGUCCUUCCUUUGCUUAUCUAACCUGCAAGUUGCAUGGCAAUACUUGCAACAGAAGAUUGUGAAGAUUGGAUGAUUGUGAAGAUGAGGUUUUCUUAUCUUCUAUACCAGUAACAAAAUGUGCUCCACAUUUGUUCAAUAUUACUUCUGUUUUGGGUAAUAUCUGCCCAUAUGGACCAAAAAUCAAUUUAUUUGCAAGAGUACUGAAACUCCAUCCUCAAGAUCAAGACACCUGAAGCCUGUGCACAAAGGUGCGGUUACAAUAUCACGCCAUUUAGACCAACUCACGUGUACAAGACGGUGCUUAGAAUUCAGCCUUAAAUGAUGUCCCUCCAUAUAUCAUAAAAGUCAGUUCCAUAGCAAUCCGAAUAUAACUCUGUAUUACCUCACAGUUUGCAUAGUGAUGCAGUUUCAAGGUGCAGUACAUACCCAUAACCAGGAUGCAUUAUUCAAACAUGCUGAUAUGAAGUAGACGGGCAUAGACUGUAGAUCCCUUGAAAGGAUGCACUUUGAUUUAUAGCUUUCAAGAAAAAAAAAGCACUGUCUGUUCAUAAUUCAAGGACCUUUUUUAUAGACAAAGCAACCAACCAAGUUGUUCAUUUUCAUUGACAAUUGGAGAGCAAUAGAGAUUGUCAGCGAUGGACAAGUUGAGUAAAGUUCAACUAUAUGCAAUUUUGACGCAAUGUAGCGUCUACCAGUGGGAGAGCAGACAGUGAACCUCGUGUGAUCUGCCGUCUGAUAUUAUCGGUCAUUCAUUGUAAAAUGAAAGUUGCUUUUUAGCGACAUUUGGUGAUACAGCAAAGCUGAGCAUGAUAAACAGUUGAUAUGGUUCAUCUCAGGCGAUUUAAUCGCUGUCAGUAAUAACAGAUGUGCUGUUACCAGUGCCUGAGAGUAGUUUGUAACGUCAUACCUUCGGUAAUUAUUUGCAUCCAGUGCAUUGACUCUAAGGCCUACGAAUACUUCAUUUUCUACAGUCCACCAUGUCUCAUGCACAGCUAAACAUGCAAGCCAUUCAAACUAUAUGUGAAGUGAAGAUGAGUUUAUUCAUGAAACCCCCCACUUUUGGUUCAAGUCUACCUCAGAAUUUGAAAAAAAAGCAUCAUAAUGGACGUGGAGCUCCGCCAUUAGAGGCAGGAGUGGGCGUGGCCAGCAGAGCAGGGGAGAAAGAGGGGAGCGAAUAACUGCUGUCAGUUAGCUCACAAAAUGAGACACAAACCGCAAGGAGAUGCGUGAUUUUAUAGUUUACAAAGUUAAAAUGCAAAGAAAUAAACAGUAAUUUAAUGCCCUGCUACAUUUGUCAUUUGUAAUUUCAUAUACAGAGAACCACAAUUUAUAUCAUUAUAAAGAUAAUCGUGUUCAUAUAAACAAUGAGGACUUUUCCCUCAAUGUCCGGGUCUGAAUGCAGACUUGGUGCUCCAGGUCUCUUGCCCUGUCUAUUUUAACCAUUAGCUGCUGAAAUUCUGAAGGAUUUAGAUGAACACAGCAGCACAACGAUGUGACUAAAUGUGAACAAACUCCACUUAUAAAGAACAAAGUCCAUGCAUUCACCAAUUCUCUUACAACUCUCCUGACAAAAUUGCUUGCUGCACACAAACAGCUUUGCUGUAUCAGCCUUGAUGGGAUCGCGGGGAAAACAUGCAACAAACCCUGUGGAUCAUGAAAACAAUUAUAUACGACCCUUUAUGAAUGGCUAAAUACUAUGUGCCGUGGGUCCUUGGAUGCAAUCCCACACAGUCAUCAACCUAGGGCAGGGAUGGGCAAACUUGAUCCUGGAGGGCCGGUGCCCUGCAUAGUUUUGCUCCAACCCUAAUUAAACACACCUGUCUGUAGCUUUCUAGUGAUCUUGAAGGCACUGAUUAGGUUGUUCAGGUGUGUUUGACUAGUGUUGGAACAAAACUCUGCAGGGACACCGACCCUCGAGGAUCAAGUUUGCCCAUCUCUGACUUAGGGUCUCACAGCUUGGCACUGGCAAGUCUGUCUUGCCUUAUAAUUAAGAAGCUGGCUCUUCUCACAGGAAACGAAAACUCCACUAUGAAUAAUAAUGAAAAAUCGACGAGUCAUCUUUGCACUUGCAGUUUUGCGAUACGUCACCGAUUUUGAUCCCGGCUCAAAAAUCAUCUUAAACCCGGAAGCUGAAAUUGGCUGACAAAAGCUCAAAAUUAUCCAGUUUACCCCACAAUUAAAGCUGACAGGUGCUAACAUCGUCUUAGCUUAUGCUCAACACACACAAAUCUGUUAAAAUCUCAAAAAAAGUUUUCAAGGGUUUCUUGAACCUUUAAGCAUCCAAAUGACUUGCUUGUUUGCACUUACGCCACAAAUAAAAUGUGCUGUGACUUGGAUUGGAACGUUGACAAUGACAGUAUAUUUUCAGGUUUACUUUCAACAUCCAAGGUGCUCAUGGAUCAAAAUCAAAGGCUUUGUUCUCGCUGACACUCCAAACCCAAUUCACUGAUGUCAUUAAUGUAGCAACUCCUGCAGGCCCUGUUUCCACUUGGUAUUUACAUACAUUUUAAAUGUGUCUGGCUUUGCAUUGUUGAAUUCAAUAUAUUUUGUCACAUUAUUUUGUGUGUCGAAUGCUGUUCAUCAACAUAUUGGCACUUAACUGCAACUGUGAAAGUAAGAGAGCUUAAAGGAUUUCAAUGGCAGCAGCGAUUUAGAUCAUAAUCUGUUGUCAUUAUCAGAUUCUAUGCCAGUUUGUGAGCAUGCAGUGCAGCCACAGAAGUUCUGAUGAAUAAACAAGCCCAAGUUUAAAACUUAAAAACAAAUUAAAAGGAAUGGUUCACCCAAAAAUAAAAUCACCCAAUAAUUUACUCACCCUCAAGCCAUUAUCUGUGUAUAUCAGAUGAACACAGUCAGAGUAGUUCCCACUUGGAUAUGCUUGGCGUUUAUACCAGGUAUGGCAUGCUGUCCCGGGAGAGAACCCUGAGCUUAAAAAAAGAGAACCUGAGCCCGAGGCUUCCGCCCAGUCAAUAAGCAUAUAAGGGAUCUGAGAUCAGGUAGAUCUCGAGAGCUCCCUCUUAGAAAAGGGAGGAAAAGGAGGAGAUGGGGUGGAAGGGGGAUUCUUCCAAAACUAAGUUAGAGCAUUAGGAAGAAAACGAUCCACUUAUAGUAAGCUUGGAACAUUCUGAUUGGGUUAUUACUGAUUACAGAUGGGACACCAGUCAUGCUCAAUCAUAUCACGUGCUCCUCUAGAAAUUAGUUUGUGAAACUUCACUUUGUGAUGUAUAAUGUUGUUGCUUAGUGACUCUUUUUUUGAAGUGCAUCAUAAAACUAACCCAUACGGCAUCAGGGGGUUAGCGCAUGUCUUCUGAAGUAGAUUUUUUUUACUUCUUGUUUUAUAUAUUUAUUUUUAAAUUAUUAACUAAAAUGACUUAAAAUGGCUGCAAAGUGUACACUCUCAACAACCUUUUGGCUGACUGAGUAUUUUAUCACUUAUUUUAGUGCAUUUUCCCACAAAAUGUCUUAGAAUUAUCAUAAUAAUUGAGUAUGCCAUGCAUUUCAGACCAGUACGCAUUUACAUUACAAAUAUGACGUGGCAACAUUCAUUAUUGACUACCUCCGAAUGUGGUUUCAGUGAUCUGAUCACAAAACAUUUUAGACACCGUUUACACCUGAUUUGGUGCCGAAAGCUGGUGAAUAUAAAUCGUAAUACCAAAUGAAACAGGGCCACAGAUAUACUGGAUAUUGACUCCACUGCCUGAAAAAUUUAAGCUCAUGCCAAAUAAGAUGCUCGUGGAUUGGGUUUGAAAACAAAUCAGGAUUGUUUACAGUGUGAACAAAGUCGAAAUAGCGUAAGCAGUUUGUUUUGUCUAGAGGAGGUUUGAUAAUUUAUGUUUGGCCUUUGUUAUGUCUGGAAGUUCAAAGCAAAUCUUACAGUUGUACACACGCUUAUGUACAUAUGUUUACGUUAGUCUGAUCUAACAAAGUGACAACGGAAUUGGUUUUUAUCUAGUCAGAGAAUAACCCCACAUCUCUUGAAUCAUUCCUGUAACAGGCAGUAAAAAAAAUUACAAUGGUGGAUUGUAACUCAUGAAUGCAUUUGCUGUUGGCUGAUAACAGGUGCUCCAGAACAUGCAUGAAAGCUUUAACUUUGAGAAAGAAAAAAAAAACAGUUUAAAAAGGCACCUUAUCGUGAGACGCCUAAAGGAUGUGUUGGCAACCAAUCUACAAGAGCAAAGUGAUAUUCUACCUAAUUGAUCUUCUCAUGCUAACUGGUGUUAGUAGCAGCGUUACCAUGCCGUUUCAAAUGCAGAAUGUAAAUUAAAUCAAAAUAUCAGUUUGCCAACACUCCCAGUGCUUACAAUGAUGCUUGUGCUCGUGUUUACGUGUCCUGUUACUCUCAGACAAAGCUCUCCAAAUGAAUAACCAGAGGCGUGUUUUUUUUAAAAGGUCUUUUUUUAGUACUUUUUUACUAAAAGAUCUUGGUCUGGCAUUUGUAAAUAGGAGUUUCACAAAAAUAGCCAAAAAUACAUACAAAAAGGUCUAUGGUAGAAUAAACACAACGAUGACAACAUAUAACAACUAUAAACUGAAUGUGUCUGGUUAGAUUUACAUAACAGCAGGUAUUGCAGUCAGCUCUCAGUUAUGGCCUUUCCUGUAGGGGCAAAUUAACUGCCACAAACUAACUAGAUCAUGUUGCCUAUGUACAUUUUUUCUCUAUAAAAGUGUCCGUAUAUUCUUCCGGAUCGUACAAGGUACUAAAUAGCUUUUAGGAAUAAGUUGGCCGCAACAACCAACACAAUCUCACGGCACUUCGUAGCUUUUUGAUUUAGUGGCUAUUUCGUAUGAAUUCAUUUGAUCUAAUUUGUACAAUUUAGUACGAUUUGCUCAUCCCCCAAUGACGGUUGGGUUUAGGGGUGGGGUUAAAUGCCACCCCUCUUUUUUUUAAAUCGUACAAUUUCGUACAACUGAAUUCGUACGAAUUAGCCACUAAACUGGCAAAACGUAAAAUACUUACGUUUUCUCGUGAGAUCAGGCUCCAACAACCCAUUACAAAAUGGUAAAACGGAAGUAGCGGCAGAGUUUCAAAUCACACAAGUACCUCAAAAUCUGUCUUAACAGCUCUUUGUAUGAUCAUAAACUUCCCUUAAAGGAACACUUCACUUUUUUGGGGGAAUUAACUGCAGCAGGCGUAAUGAUUUUAUCUAUUGAUGUUAUCUAGCUGGGGACUAUUUCCAGGCGCAUCAUCAUUGUGCAUGUUGCAGUCACGGUGCAGCAGCAAAGUUCCUUGAUUAUUACACCACAAUGAGAGAAUAGUUCCUAGCUAAAUCAGCUUUGGAAAUAGCAACUGUUAAUUUUCUGUCUGUCUUCCUACACAAUUAUAACUACAGAAUAGUCAGGCUUUAAAUAUAGGGAAAUUAUUGAAACUCUUAUUUUUAAAUUUUCACAUGAUGUCCAGACUCAGUCCUGGAGGGCCGGUGUCCUCCAAAGUUUAGUCCCAACCCCAAUCAGACACACCUGGGCUAGCUAAUCAAGGUCUUACUAGGCAUUCUAGAAACAUCCUUCCAGGUGUGUUAAAGCAAGUUGGAGCUAAAAUCUGCAUGCCCUCCUCAAACCAAGUCUGGACACGUGAGGGUUGCGUCCAAAACCACCUACUACUCAGUAGGUACUGCAUUUGAAUUAAAAAAUAAACAUCCACUUAUAAACAUACUAUUCAGCCGUUAGAAAAGUACGUUCUAUACAGUAUAAACGUGAAAAUUAUGAAUGGAAUUCGGACGUACUACAUCCGCCAUUUUGUCUUUGCCACAAGCCCUACCUGCAUCAGUUGAGUCACUUCACUCCCAUUCAGGAAUUAUCUCGCGGGGCAUCUUGGUAUAGCGCAGCGUGCAUAGGAUGCACACUUCAGAAUCUCGCCGGAAGUAAUCUGGGUACUUCUCACAUACUGAUUUUCGAAUUCUAUGAAUUCGACAUACUAUUCGGCUCGCAUACUGAUUUUAGCAUACUAUAUAGUUUGGAAGUAUGCGAUUUCGGACGCAGCCCUGAUCUAAUCCAAAUCAAUGAUUUAUGCUAAGCUAAGCUAAAAGUGCUACCGCAUGAUCAGAAGAUCAGCUGAACGAAUUCAUAAAAUGUUAAAAUUCCACAGUUUAACUCUAGGGACGCUGCAUAAAAGCCAAUGAAGUGUUCCUUUAAUAUAGCGCAUGGAUAGUUUGGGGCUUUGGGGGUAAGAUUUCCCAGUAUUCGUCUUGAAAAUGUGCCUAAUAUAAGCCUACAUUGCAAUACCUAAUAGUUUUGCAAGGGAUUGCUUGCUGUGGAGAAUAAGAAUGCUAGUGAAAGAGCUAUGCGUUUAUUCAUGCUAGCCUAUAAAUUACUUUGAGAUUUGAGCUCGUCUGCAGACUCGUUCCAAAUGUGCUGGAAACUGAGGCUGUUUUGCCAGCUAGCACAUACUAAAGCCAUUGCCCACCGUCUCUUUUCAUGUUAAAGAUAUAUUUACAUCACGUUACCGUGUGCUUUAUCAUAUCUGCUGUUUUUGCGUAAGAACUGGUGUACAUUGGAUAACCUUAAAUGGAGUCUUGAUUAAUUUAUUGAUUAUUUUUACUGGUUUAUGAUUAACAACGCUGAAUGUUCAUAAAGGCACAUUAAUAAUAAUUUAAAACGUGUGCUUUUUAGACUCAUGUUUUUUUUUUAUUGUUUCACAAGGUUUAAUAAGAACUGAUGAUUUUGUCACUAUGCAGCGUUGGAAUAAUGUUUUAGUUAAGUCGUCAGCACCAAUGACAGAUGACAAUGGCAUAUGUGAUAAGCUAAUGUGCAGGUUUGGUGUUUGGUCGCCAUUGUUUGUCUGGAAAAACACAUCGGACCUUAUACGUCCCGCUGGGAUUUCAAACAAAAACUUUGUCUUCUUUUUUUUUUCCUUUUGGAUGUUGCUUUCUCUUUAAUAAAUCUUUCUAUUUUGUAUAGGACAUUGCAAUUGUAAACAUUGUAAAUAGUAACCUCAUCUGCGACCACAAUCACAGUAAAAUAUUGAAAGAAUCGGCCCUAAGAUGAGACACCUUUGGUUAUUGUUGUUUUUAUGAUUAUUGUUAUUAUAAUAUUUUACAAAUUGUCUGCUGGAAAGGGGUUAUAAAGGCAUGUGCUGAGCUGAGAGAAUUUCAUCCAUCAAGUAUUCACUCAACGUUUUCAAUAAACUCGUGCCAUCCCUACACGAACA